GUGUCGCGCGCAUGCCUGGCAGGGCUGGGCCGCUCUUCUCUGGUGGCUGCGGCUCGGACGCCUCAGCUGGGCCUAAGAUGGACCUCCCGGCGGUGCUCACCGCCCCGGCCACUACCGGAGACCAACAUGGCGGUGGCCCAAGCCGACUUCGCCGCGGCGCGGGGACGUCCCUUGGUGCUGGUCCCGGGCGCCGCCGCCUGCUGCUGCUGGGGGGCCCGGAAGAUGGCGGGCCCGGGCCGCGUCAAGAGGAGGCCCCGGGGCCCAGUCCUCCACCCCCAGAGGACGGCGGCGACUCCUUCGUGGUACUGCUGGAAGUGCCGCGCGCGGCCGACACCCAUGGGCAGGAGGAGGCCGAGCCCGACUCGGGCGCGAGCCCCACGGAACAGGUCCCGGCCACCGCCCCCGGCGCAGCUCUGGCAGGCACCGUCACCAUACACAACCAGGACCUCCUGGUGCGCUUCGACCGCGGCGUCUUCACGCUGGCCGCCGCACCCGCGCCAGCCUCCCCGGGCCUGCAUCCCGCGGCCACCCCGGGCCUGGAGCCCUCGAGCGCUGCUGCGUCCCGCCGCGGGCCAGUGGCCGCCAGCGCUGGCUCCCCGGCCUACCGCUGUCCGGAGCCGCAGUGCGCGCUGAGCUUCGCCAAGAAGCACCAGUUGAAGGUGCACCUGCUGACGCACGGCAGCCUCCAGGGCCGGCGGCCCUUCAAGUGCCCGCUGGAUGGCUGUGGCUGGGCCUUCACCACCUCCUACAAGCUCAAACGGCACUUGCAGUCUCAUGACAAGCUGCGUCCCUUUAGCUGUCCAGUGGGCGGCUGCGGCAAGAAGUUCACCACAGUCUACAACCUCAAGGCACACAUGAAGGGCCACGAGCAGGAGAGCUUGUUCAAGUGCGAGGUGUGCGCCGAGCGCUUCCCCACACACGCCAAGCUCAACUCCCACCAGCGCAGCCACUUCGAGCCCGAGCGGCCCUACAAGUGUGAUUUCCCCGGCUGUGAGAAGACGUUCAUUACAGUGAGUGCCCUGUUUUCCCAUAAUCGAGCCCACUUCAGGGAACAAGAGCUCUUUUCCUGUUCCUUUCCUGGAUGCAAUAAACAAUAUGACAAAGCCUGCCGACUGAAAAUUCACCUGCGAAGUCACACAGGUGAAAGACCAUUUAUUUGUGACUCAGACAGUUGUGGCUGGACCUUCACCAGUAUGUCCAAACUUCUAAGACACAAAAGGAAACAUGAUGAUGAUCGGAGGUUCACUUGCCCUGUUGAAGGCUGCGGCAAGUCAUUCACUAGAGCAGAGCAUCUGAAGGGCCACAGUAUCACCCACCUGGGAACAAAGCCAUUUGAGUGCCCUGUGGAAGGGUGCUGUGCCAGGUUCUCAGCUCGCAGCAGUCUGUACAUUCAUUCUAAGAAACAUCUGCAGGAUGUGGGUACUCCGAAAAGCCGCUGCCCAGUGUCCAGCUGCAACCGACUCUUCACCUCCAAGCAUAGCAUGAAGGCGCACAUGGUGCGGCAGCACAGCCAGCACCAAGAUCUUGUACCUCAGCUGGAAGCUCCAAGUUCUCUCACACCCAGCAGUGAACUGAGUAGCCCAAGCCAAAGUGAGCUCACUAACAUAGAUUUAGCAGCACUUUUCUCUGACACACCUGCUAAUAGUAGCAGUUCAACAGCUGGGUCGGAUGAAGCACUGAACUCUGGGAUUCUCACCAUUGAUGUCACCUCUGUGAGCUCUUCUCUGGGAGGGAAUCUCCCUACUAAUAAUAACUCCAUGGGGCCAAUGGACCCCCUCGUUCUAGUGGCCCACAGUGAUAUCCCUCCGAGUUUGGACAGUCCUCUUGUUCUUGGGACAUCAGCCACAGUUCUUCAACCAAGCAGCUUCAGUGCAGAUGACUCACAGGCCAUGAACACAGGAGCAGUCGGCUGCCUGGUGGCUUUGCCUGUGAGGAACAUGAGUCAAGACUCACCAACUUUGACCCCCAGCAAUAACUUGACAGCACCUGGUACCACACCAACUUCUUCGGACACCACUCAAAAAACUGGCAGUGUUCCAGAUUUGCUGGUUCCAAUAAAGGUGGAACAAGACUUAUCUCCUGUCCCAGAUUUGGUCCAGGGGCAGAAAGGAAGCCAUGGACCAUCCCAGUCUGUGCUGUCCAACUCUGCAGAGAGGCCAGGGGCUCAAAAGGACUCCGAGCUCAGUGCUGGCACAGGCAGUCUCUACUUGGAAAGUGGGGGCUCAGCAAGAACUGAUUACCGAGCCAUUCAACUAGUCAAGAAAAAAAAGCAGAAAGGAACUGGGAGCGAUGAAGGAGCCUCUGACUCUGCUCACAGGAAAACAAAAGGUGGCACGGUCAACCCUCCUCAUGCCCACUCAGGCCAGCACAGUUGUUUUUGUGGAACUCUAAUGGUACCCAGUGGAAGUCUGCCAGUGCCAGCCCCUGCCGCUGGGUUGCAGUGUGUCCAGAUCCCUGUUCUGCAGGAUGACCUCUCCAGUGAAGGAGGCUUACCACUGGCCCUCAGCCCACAGCGCUCUGCCUUCCACCCCUACUUCACCAUGGAUCUGCCUGUCUACGUCCUCCAGGAAGUGCUUCCAGCACCUGGAGGUUUUGCUGGGCUGGAGACUGCACAGGUACCAGGAAGUACUAUCAACCUUCGGGACCUGCAAUGACAGCAGUCUGAGCAAGUGAGGACUGCAUUCCAGGCUGUGCUUCACGACCUCAGCUGGCUGUGGGGUGGGCAGAGAGACUCAUCAGACUUCCUCAGCACUCCAGCCUGGUUCUUUGAGACUUCGGGGUACACAUAUUGAAAGUACUUUGAGUCUGUUCCAGCAAGAGCCAGUUUGGGCUAUACUCUUUGAAACUGCCUCCACAGGUUGCCCUCUGUGAGAUAGGAACCCUGCCCAUGCUGUGUGUGUGCAUUCCAGCCCUUCCCAGGUCCCCUUGGGCCUGAGGUGGGCAGCACCUUUUACAUGUAAAGAUCCUUGCAGGAAAUGGGUAGAGCAUCCCUACUCACAUACAUCUCUAUACUGGGUUGUAGUGUGUUAGUAUUUUGUCUGACGCAUCUAGAAAUUUGGUUCUUUUCUGAGAGCUUGUAUGACAGACGGCUUCUCACCUGCAUGGAUGGUUUUGGUAGGUGUGUUGGUUUCACUACACUGUAUGCCAUGGUGAAGCCAAAGUCAGGUUGAGCUCUGGCAGGGCAGUUAGUCUGAAAGGUGGUUGGUUGGCUUGCCACCCCCAGUGGCCUGCUAAUAGAACCUCUUCCUAGACUGACAGUGUGCUCAGAGUUUGGGAAUGGAGAGUUGCAGCUUUUAAAGUCAUCUUUCUAAAUUGUUUCUGGGAUUUAUGGUAAAUAGUAAUUUGCAGUCUCCACAGUGAGGUCUGAAUGCUGUAUGUUAUGUGUAGGGCUGGAACAAUAGGCUUGUUUUAUGGUUGAGGUUGGAGAUAAGCAUAUUAUAUGGCCUUGUGUGUUUUCAGAGAGUGAUUUGGUCUUCCCUGAGAAGACAGUUGGUUGCCUUGCACAUACUUGUUAGUCAGGACUGGAUACAGGGUCACUCAGAAAUACAUUUUUCUUGGGCUUUUGGAGUGUGUGUUUAUUCAGAUACUGUUUUGGUUCUGUCCUAUCUGAGUUGCUUUGUUUCUUGGAUUUAGGGAGAGCCCUGAAACUGGGCAUGAGUCUUCUCUAGAUGGCUCUGUGGUGCUGUCUACCUGGGUGCUGCUCCCUACAACCCUUUGUAGGGAUUACAAAUCCUACUUGAGAAGACUCCUUUCCACAUGUCUCUCCCACAUCACAGGCCAAAGUUUAGGGGUUGAACUUGCCUACCUGUAAUCAGCACUCCCAUACACACUCAAUAGGCAGCCUGGAAUCACUGUUGCCUGCCUCAAGAGCCCACCCUACAGAGAAGUUUUUUUGUCCCACAGCCUCCAGCGUGUGUCUGCAAAUGACAGAAUGGACUGUUGUGCUCUGAGCACUGGAGCUUCCUGCUGCCACAGGCCCAGUCCUUAGUACAAAUGAAUAAACGUGUUUGUAUGUUACAUGCCAAA